CGACCCUCCAAAACCUGCUACCAUCAGCAAGUUGGAAUCAAACAUGACAUCCUUUCUUCAAGGCUUAUUGGUAGCCCUCCUACUUGCAACUCCAGCCCACUCCGUCAUUCCUGAUGACUCUGCUGGUACAGAUGAUGUUGGUAGCAUUGAUGACUGGAUGAGGGAUCAACUGGACCACGGUGAUCAGCUGGUUGCCAACUUCUUGUCAUCUGAAGAGUCUGAAUCUUUCAAUGUCCGACUCUUGGAGGAGGGUGGACAGCGUGGUUAUUUUAAGAGGUGUGGAGAUGACACACCAUGUAUUUCAGGACUUGAAUGUAGGAAUUCUGGUGUGGGUGGCAAACGGUGCAUGCCUACAGAAGGAUGCUUGCAGGAGCACUUUGUUCCACUUCAGGAAAGGUUUAAUCGGGAUGUCAUAAUUGAUGAAAUCUUUGCAGAUGCAGGAAUCUCUGUGCCUGAAUUCCUUGCCAAUGCCAGGAAUGCCAGUACCAGGAAAGCUAUCCAAGAAGUGGCAACAAGCUCACCAUUCAGGACUGUAUUGUCAUCUAUUCAAUCUGUCUUCAAGAGCACGGGAUUUCAGGAUGAGUUUACCCGUGCUGUCGAAGAGUGUUUUGUUCAGGCAGAACAGGUUGCGGCAAAUAAUGAUAACUCCACCAGGCAAUUUGAUGCUCGAUACAUCGGAGGCACCCUCGAAAUUGGUUUGGGAGGACAAGCCUCCUGGUCUUACAUGCAAGCGGAGGAACCGAGUACUGGACUUUUCAAUAGGCUAUGCCUGGGUGGAGGGCCUAAGGUAGGGGGGUUCUUUACUCCAAUCUUUGGGGUCUUGUCGGGCAGCUCCAACAUUGACGACCUUGCCUGUGCGUCCCUCAUGGGCGACGUAGAUCUUGCACCUAUCCCAUUUCCUACUCUCAGUAUUGCAGGAGGGAUUGGAUUCAAUGGUGUUCCCUAUGUUGAGGCUUCGCCUUGUGGAUUGGGCUUGGGUAUAGGAGCUGCGGCCAAUUUUUGUGUUGCUUGGAGAUGUGAAUAAGCUCCUUGCCACAAUAACAACAUCAUAGGAAUGAUCUAGAAAAUUGGCU